GGACCCUGGGGAGGGAAGUGGCGGAUACAACCUUGGGCCUGCAGGCCAGGCUACCUACCCACUGGGAAACUCACGCCAAAGCCACAUCUACAGCCGAGCCACUCUGAGGCCUCCCCUCCCUGGUGGUCCCUACUCAGCUCCAAAGUCUCUCUCCCUUUUCUCUCCCACACUCCAUCACCCCCUGGAUUCCUCUCUACUUGGUUCUCGUUCUUCCUUUGACUUCCUUCUUCCCUUUCUCAUUCAUCUGUUUCUCACUUUCUGCCUGGUUUUGUUCUUCUCUCUCUCUUUCUCUGGACCAUGUCUGUUUCUCUCUGUUUCUGUCUUUUCUUUCUCAUCCUGUGUAUUUUUGGCUUACCUUGUUUCUCACUGUUCUCCCCUCUGCCCUUUCAUUCUCUCUGUCCUUUUACACUCUUUCUUUUUCCCUUGGUUUCUCUCAGUUUCUGUAUCUGCCUUUCACUGUAUCAUACUGCUGUUUCCCAAGUCAUUGCCUGUAUUUUUGGCCCUAACUGUGUCUUCCCCAACCCUGUGUUUUUCUCGCUGUUUCCUUCUCUCUUUUGGAGCCUCCUCCUUGCUCCUCUGUCCCUUCUCUCUUUGCUUAUCAUCCUCGCUCCUCAUUCCUGCAUCUUCCUCCCAAGGAAAAGCGUGAUCUUGCUGGGUCGGCACAGCCUGUUUCAUCCUGAAGACACAGGCCAGGUAUUUCAGAUCAGCCACAGCUUCCCACAUCCGCUCUACAAUAUGAGCCUCCUGAAGAAUCAAUUCCUCAGGCCGGGUGAUGACUCCAGCCACGACCUCAUGCUGCUCCGCCUGUCAGAGCCUGCUGAGAUCACGGAUGCUGUGAAGGUCAUGGACCUGCCCACCCAGGAGCCAGCACUGGGGAGCACUUGCUACGCCUCAGGCUGGGGCAGCAUCGAACCACAGGAGUUCUUGACCCCAAAGAAACUUCAGUGUGUGGACCUCCAUAUUAUUUCCAAUGAUGUGUGUGCUCAAGUUCACUCUCAGAAGGUGACCAAGUUCAUGCUGUGUGCUGGACGCUGGACAGGCGGCAAAAGCACCUGCUCGGGUGAUUCUGGGGGUCCACUUGUCUGUAAUGGUGUGCUUCAAGGUAUCACGUCAUGGGGCCCUGAGCCAUGUGCCCUGCCUGAAAAGCCUGCUGUAUACACCAAGGUGGUGCAUUACCGGAAGUGGAUCAAGGACACCAUCGCGGCCAACCCCUGAAUGCCCCUGUCCCACCCCUACCUCUAGUA